AUGUACGACCAAGACGUUAAUCCAAGCAAAUACAACAAAUUACGAAGUAUUUACAAAUCUUAUCUCGAUUCGUAUAUUGCAUUGUAUCAGCUUAAAACGGAAAAAGAAGAAGAAUUAAUGUCAAUUUACAAAAUGAUCAAAACAGAAUUGAUCGAUUCAAAGAAAUAUCACCCCACAAAUGUUAUUAAAGACAUUUUAGAUAUCAUUCAGUAUAAUAAUCGCUAUGCAAAGUCAUAG